GGAACAACUUUGCGCAAUCUGGGCACACUAUCGUCAUCUCAUCUACAAAAAUUACCGGCUCGAAAACAAUUUUGCAAACAGAAUGGAAACUACUUUAAAUACGCAGUUCGAGCAGCUGCAAAAGAUCUUCGAGGGUAUUCAUUUGGCGAAAUCCAAAGGACAGCCAACGGAGGAUGGAAGAAAGGCGGCCACUCUGAUGUUCGUAGCUCUCAAGCACGCAAACCGCGAAGUUAAGCAGAAGAUCAAGGAUGGACGGGAUAAGCUGCACUUGGAGAAGUCCAGUGUGGACCUGAGCAGGCUGCAGCUGCAGAAUCUGCUGUACGAAGUGAGCCACUUAAAGAAGGAGAUUGUGCGCUGCCAGAAAUUCAAGAGCCGUGACUCCGAUUUGGAAUUGCUUUCGGACACUGAGUAUGCCAGCCAGCUGCCGAACAUGGCGAGUGCCAAGGUGGAUUUGUCCAGUCACAAGAAGCACGUGCACCGUCUAGAGUGUGAACUGCGGCUAAGGAAGGAUCUCGACAAGCAGUACAGCGCGCUGCUAAACUCAAAGCAGGAACUGUUGCAGGAAAAUCUCAGUCAAACGCAGAGGUACACCUCUUUUUCGCCGGCCCUGCGCACCUUGCUGGGCGCCACAAAGCCCCUGCAUGAUGCCCUGCAGCUGUCCCUUGACUUGGAGUGGAAGCUGAGUGCCGUAUUCAAGUAUUUGCCAAAGCCGCUCUACAUUUCGUUUAUAAACCUGCAAUCGCUGCAAAGGACAAGGGAUGAUCUAUCCUUCACAGUUGAGGUGGUGGGCUAUGAAAGCGAAGCUCAAAUGCAAGAAUUGCUUAACGAGAAGCGCGAUACAGCUUUGCGCCGGGAGGGACAAAACGAAAUUGAAGAGCCAAAAGAUUUGGAUACUUUAUUAACUCCCCAUGCUCUUCACAUUAAGCUGUCGAUCGGAAACACUGGGUCAAACCAGCUAAUUUUGCUCAUUCGUUACUUUGAGCUGAUCAAGUGCGUCGCAGUGUGGGCACAAGUGAAUUCUUCCAGCAGCACUAGCAAUAGCCAAGGCGAAACUAAUUUUAUUGACAAUCUCUUGCGCCAUUUGUACGCCAAUGAUAUGGGAAAUGAAAUACCGAUUCCUGGCAUUCAAUACGAGCUGGGUAGUUUAGAUCUGACAACUGAGGAAUGCCUGCGAUAUUUGGAGGACAAGGAGUACGGAAAACCCUUCUGCUGGCUGCAAAGCAUGUGCCUUAUUUCAACUACCAAUAGCUCUAUGCUCGAGCGUAAUCUGAACAAGAAUACCCGGGAGAUCAUAGCGCGCAUCGAAAGGCGUUGGAAUUCCUGGCUGCGCUUGAGUCAGCAAAUUCGCGGUCUCACCUACAAGGAUAUUGAUUUGUUUACCUUAAGGGAAAAUAUCUACCCGGUCGGGUUAUCGUGCAGUCUUGUCCAGUGGACGGCAAUAACACACGAAGAAUUUCAGGCACAGAAUUCGGACGUGUUGAAGAUUUCGUCAGACGACAGGGGCAUUAUAUAUAACACCUACCGCGCAGUAUUUGUCAGAAGCUCCGCCAAAAUGGAAUGUUUUAUCCGAAUUCCGAGCAACUAUCCCCUGGAGAUGCCCCUUUGGAUCCUAACCGUGCACUGGAACGGCUGUCAUACGUCCCAGAAUAAUUCGGCCAUUAAGAUGAUGGAAUACUGGACAAACUCGUUGCAACCCAAGCAGUUGGGUCCGAAUGAGCGUCUGCUCUAUGCCCAGCUCUUCCGCACCAUAUACAGCUUCGACAUAUUUCUGGAAACCGAGGGCUCCAUGCAAAGCACCAUUGAGUACAACAAGGAAAAGCCAUACAUCAGUGCGUUUUCGAAACGGAGCCGUGCCCGGCCCUAUAAGUACAUCAAGAAGGGUUCGGUGUACGCAUUUAAGCAGUAAUUCAGAGGUGCAGGCUUACCAAACGGAUUUCACAGUUUCUGUUUAUUACGUUUAGUAAUACAAUAAAUAAGUAACAUUUGUAAA